CCAGAGAGCUGCACAGCUGGUUUGAUUCAGUCCCUACCUACCCGUAGUCAUCCAUGCGGCAUGCAUGCAGUCCUUCGUCUGCGGUUCUUAGCUGCGAAUCUCCAGAUUAUUUUUCAUCGCUUGAUCUUGAAAUAAUUCCUGCUGAAUAUUAAUUUACCGCAAUUUGCAUUGCACAGCGUUGAUUGUGCAUCACUUCCUUCGGUUCCUUAUAAUAUCGCGUCAGUAUGGAUAAGAAGCGUACGAAUUCGAAGAAAUCACAGUCAGCGCAACAGCAGCAGAAGAACCCAGUGAAAACCCCGCUGCGAAUCGGUGGCACAACAUUGUCCGUGAACAAAGAUGCUCUCAUCCGCGGAUCACCGUACUUUGCCGCCAUGUUGGCCAGGAAUUUCCAGGAAAGCGACUCCACCGUGAUCGAGAUGCAGCAAGCCAGCAACCCGAGAACGUCCAUCUGGAAACACUGAUCAGAUUGAUAAAAUGCCUGAGCUGCGGGGACUCGAAGUUCGCCUUCGAAUGCAAAGACGCCGUUAAAGUGUGGAUGGCCGCGAAAUACCUGCAGAUGGACCACGCCGUUAAAAUGGCCGAGAAGAUCUUGCGUGAGAUCAUGGAGCGACCGGAGAACGUUCUCCGCAUGUGGCGUCUGGCCCGUCGGGAUGGACUGGUGGAUUUGGAAAGGCUGGCCUGUGCGGAGCUCCUGCAGCCGCAUCCACGCCGUCCUCAGUUUGUUGAUUCCGAGAUGUUUCUGCAGUGCAGCAAGGAAGAGGUCUCCCACCUGUUGGAUCAGGAAUUCGUUCCGCAUUCCGAAGCCACACUUUAUCAGGCGGUGGUACGCUGGUACAUGCACGACGCCGGCCAGCGCAUGCAUCAGAUGCUGGAUAAGAGCAUCGUGUGGGAUCAUCUGGACAUUGAGCCACUGGUGGCCUCCACCACAGGGCCAUUGCACGCCGCGUUAACCCGGAUUCGUGUCGAUCGACACCGCGGUCUGUUGGGCGGUGGAGCGUCACUGCAGCGAGCCAUGCCGAAGGAGGCCAUCUUCUACCACAUGAGCGAAGACCAUCCGCACCAGCUCCUCCGUUUUGACUUUAUCCGCAACGAACUGACCAAGUUAGAUUCACCGCUGCAGGCCACGUUGGCCGGAUGCUGGCGUACACUGAACGGCGGGCGUGGUGGUUAUGCGAUGGCCGUCGGGCGGGAGCUGAUCGUCGAUACCUAUGAUACAGUGCUGGCGAUGGACUGCAUCACGGGCACUACACGCACACUCAUGGAGAGAUCGCCUUUCAGCGAGUGGGAGCAUUUUCUGUCGGCGGUGGCCGUAGGCGGUAAGCUCUACUGUGCUUUGGAAAAGGAAGUGGGUGGUUUUGGCGAAAACUGGUACUGUUACGAUAUGGCUACGGGACAAGUGCGCCGGAUCGGGCCAGUCUCACGCUACGAGCACGAGCGAAUACCGGAACGAUGGGUCCGUUUCCUGCACGACCGAUCGGAUCCUGAUAGUGGUCAGUGGGUUAGCAGCGAGACGAUUGACAAGAUGCGAAUGGAUGGUAUCCGAUUCGAGGAGUUGGAAGAAGAGCGCUACCGUGGCGUGGCCGGUAUAUAUUUGCGAUAUCACCGUUCACUAAUGGAGGCCUGUGUCCUUCCGAACAAUAGAAUCUGCUUUCUGUCGGCUGGUUCUUUUAUUGAGGAAUACAAAAUUCACCCGGAGAGCAUAGUGGAGUUCUACGACAUCCCGAGCAACACCUGGACGAAGCACACCGGUUGGAAGGACGAAACGAAGGUCCACCAUCGCUGCGGCGUCAUUGUCUGCCACGGCUAUCUGUACUUCACUGGAGGCUGUAUGUAUCCCCCGCCGUUAUCAUACUGGGAAAGCGAUGGCAUCGUGACAACCGUCUGCUACCGCGUCUCGUUGACCCUGGCCGAUGCUCAACCGGAGCGUAUUGCGGAUCUGAACGUGGCGCGCUAUCAUCACGGCGUCUUCAUCAAGGACGGGCAGAUCUGGGUGUACGGCGGGACGACCCAUGUCGACGGGGAUAAUCAGCGGAAGCGGGCGUUGACGUCGUUUGAAGCGUACGAUGCCGAGACUGAUCAGUGGACCGUGAUGGAUGUGCCCCUGUCCAAGGAACUGCAGGCGGAAGCGGCGGGAGGCAAUUACGCGCAGAAGACGGUCUGUCUGCCGCUGCAGCAUCGCCAUCCGCCAGUGUGCAGUGGUCGUUAUAUUAUACACGCAGAGGAUGACAUAGGUGAGCCAUAUCGCAUGACGGAAAAAUAUCGCAAGAAACAUGGUCUUUUGAAAGAUAAGUCGGCUGCCGAUUGGCCCACUGGUUUGGAUGAUUGAUGAUGCGCUGGUAAUGGUUUAUUCCGGUUUUUUGUGUCUGUUCUCUCUUUGUCUUGCUAAUUUGUGUAAUAGAAACAUUUCUGCUUUAACGCUGCUCCGAAUGCCGUACCAGUAGCGUUUGUUUCUUUUUAAUCCUUUUUAAUUAUUAGCGUUUGUUUCUUUCUAAUCCUUUUUAUUUAUUCGGUUGUUGUUCUUGAAUGCUUUGGGCUACUGCUUUUAAUUUUUUAACUGUCCUUUGUUUGCGCGGAUGUAUUCUUUGUAACAUCUGCUGAUUUGUGUGAGUUUGGGCGACUUUAACGUUGUUUAUUAAUGAUAAAGUAAAUAGUGCUG